ACAUACGCACAAACUCAUCCAUACAGCUUAUGGACUUGACAGUUUUGACUGAUAAAAAGAGGAAGUCAUUGAAUUGAACUGAGCUUGGGCAAUGAACAUGUCACCCUCUUGAGAGCUCCUGAGCUUCCCCUUCAAUCUCCACAGCCACCCCUUUUCCGUGAUCAAGCGAUUCCCGUAUUUCAUCUGAUCAUCCGCUGUUUGCGUAGAUUCUUGGUGCGCUCGAUAGGAUCUCCUAAGGAAAGUGAUUUCUUCUAGGCCAAUGAAAUCUUGUCUGGUUGACGUAUGAGGAUCAAAAGUUCUCGAAUUUCUGUACAUUCUCUGAAGAUGCACUAGCAUUUUCAUGGAUUGGUCGGAUAUAUUCGAAGGACUCAAUCAGAGCAGUCAAUACAAAGGGAAUCUCAGGGGUAAUAGAUUCCCGAACCAGCGUCAUGAUUCUAUGGAUGAAUUAACAGCUGACGAGAAGGAAGAAAUCGACUAUGUCAUGGCCCUAUCUCUUGCAGAAGAAGAUUCAAGGAAAGGAGAAUCAAAAGCCAGAGAGGCAAACAAACAGCAGCUUACGAGAGCUCAGCUCAAAGAAGAUGAGCAGCUCGCCUGGGCUAUACAGGAAAGCCUGUAUAUUCAUUCUCCUCCUCCCUACGACCAAGGAAAUGCCAUCCAAAUUUCUCCACUUCCUUCAACUUCUAGCGACAGAUUCUGCAAAGGUUGCAAAAAUCAGAUCGGGCAGGAGGGACAAUCCCUCAGAUGCAUGGGAGGAGUUUGGCAUCGUGAUUGUCUCAAGUGUCAAGCGUGUAAUCUUCUGAUAACUGAUAAGGUCUCAAUGUCAAGUGAGGAUCGCCUGUUCCACGAAUCCUGCUACAAGGAGCAUCACCAUCCAAAGUGCGAUGUUUGCAAGAACUUCCUCCCGCGAUCUACUGGUGCUGCCGAGUACCGAGCACACCACUUUUGGAUGCAGAAGUACUGUCCAUCGCACGAGCAAGAUAACACUCCAAGAUGCUGUAGCUGUGAGAGAAUGGAGCCGAGGGACAUGCAGUACAUGAUACUAGAUGAUGGUCGAAGACUCUGUUUAGAAUGUCUGAGCUCAGCAAUUAUGGACUCUGAGGAGUCCAAACCUCUUUACGACGAGAUUCGUGAGUUUUACAAAGAUUUAGACAUGGAAGUGAAGCAACAUAUUCCACUUCUCUUGGUCGAGAGACAAGCCCUGAACAAAGCUAUGGAAGGAGAAAAGAACGGACAUCAUCACCUGCCCGAGACGAGAGGAAUUUGCUUGUCAGAAGAACGAAUUGUUCCAACAAUUGCCAAGAACCAGCGAUUUAGGAUAAGCUCUGGGAUCAUUGAGAUGAUGACAGAACCUCAGAAGUUAGUCCGGUCGUGUGAUGUGACCGCGAUUCUCAUUUUGUAUGGCUUUCCUAGGUUGUUGACGGGAUCAAUCCUAGCUCACGAAAUGAUGCAUGCGUGGCUCCGACUUGCAGGUUACUCAAAACUAAGCCCAGAGGUUGAAGAAGGGAUUUGCCAAGUUAUGGCUCAUACGUGGUUGGAAGGGAAAAUUGAUCCUUGUGGCUUGGGAAAUGAACACGUUGCUUCAUCUUCUUGUGCUCAGCCCUCCCUAGAGAAACAGCUCGGGGAAUUCUUUAAGCAUCGGAUCGAGGAAGAUACUUCACCCGUUUAUGGAGAAGGAUUUAGGGUGGGGCGCCGAGCCGUGCAGAACUUCGGCCUCAACGGGACCCUCAACCACAUCCGAAUGACAGGUAGCUUCCCUUUGUGAUGUGGAGAUAAUUGACGGAUUUUGUCAGUUUUAUUUGGACAUCAAUAUCUCUAUGAAGUAUGAGGCAAAUGUGUGAUAAUAUUUUGGCUUUUCAAGAAACAGAUACAUAUGGAAUAAAUAAUGUUUACUUCUACA